AUGUUGACUGGACUUCCUUGCUGUCAUGCAAUGUCUUGCAUGAAGGAUCAACAUUUAGAGAUUGAUGACUUUGUACCUAAAUGUUACAAGAAGGAACAAUAUGUUGCUUGUUAUGCACCUGUUAUAUAUCCACUUAAUGAGGAAGCCUUGUGGGAAAAGACUAGUGUUGUUGAUCUUCAGCCACCACCAAUAAAGAGGCAGCCUGGAAGGCCAAAGAAAAAAAGGAAUAGGGAAGCUGGAGAGAUGGUGAGGGGUGAGACACACAUGAAGAGCGAAAGACAUGGUAUCAAGUGUAGUCGUUGCCACAAGGAUGGUCAUAAAAAGGCCACUUGUAAACUACCACAACCACAAGCUCCUCCAAGUCAGGUACAAGAAGCAACAAGUCUGCCACUAUCACAAGUUGAUUCAAGUCAGAUACAAGAUGCAACAAGUCAGCCACCAUCACAAGCUGUUACAAGUCAGCCACUACCACCUGUUGUUAUAAGUCAGCCACCAUCACAAGGUGGUACAAAUCAACCACCACCACCUGUUGUUACAAGUCAGUCACCACCUAAAACUAAAAAAAACUUUAUAAGGGUGGCAAGCCUAUUUCAAGCCAACCUUGAUCACUACUAUUAUGUCUUCUAA